AACUGCCAGAGGCAAUCAGCUCCGAAAAUACGUGUUCCCAUUGGCUAAUGAUGCACAGGCAGAGCAUUCUUUACGGUAAGGCCAAAGCCCCAUCCAACUUUGUCACGAAACCAAACACAAAACUCGGUUCAACGAGUCCCUCCCAAGUUAAAUCACGUCUUCUGAGAGCCAGAAAUCCAUCAACCAUCAUCAAAACUACGGCGCUGGAAGUUUCGGGAUUCCGCGGCGCAUUCGGGCACGUAGAGGCCCGAGUGGCGAUGGGAAACCUAGGAGAAUUGUCCGAAGAGGACGACGACGACGUGUGUCCCGUUGAAUGUGUUAGAGAGUUUAGGACUGACGAGGAGUUCAGCAAAAUUCUUGAAAGGGCUAGAGAAAGUGGUGCUUUGGUUGUAGUGGAUUUUUAUCGGACUUCGUGUGGGAGCUGCAAGUACAUAGAGCAAGGGUUUUCAAAGUUGUGCAAGGGAGCUGGCGAUGGAGAAGCUGCUGUUAUCUUCUUAAAGCAUAAUGUAAUUGAUGAGUACGAUGAACAAUCCGAGGUUGCUGAUCGACUUAGAAUUAAGACGGUGCCCCUCUUCCAUUUCUAUAAAGACGGAGUCCUUUUGGAAGCAUUCCCUACCAGAGACAAAGAGAGGAUCACUGCAGCCAUUAGUAAAUACACAACUCCAGCUUCUCAAGAAGUUUGAGCAAAUCAAUGAGUUUUUGUCUACAGACUUAUGAUAUCUGUAAAUAAUGUAACAGCAAUCGCUCCACAGAUAUGUAGUAUAUACAUGUUGUGACAUGUUGAGUUCCAAUCAUGUCACAUUCUUGAUUAGCUUCUCACACGCGCUCUUAUUUUUCUUAAACUACAAAUUGGUGCUCAAGGGUUCUUUGCUAUUUUUGCACCUUGUGGUAUAUAUUAUUAAAGCAUUUGCUAGUGU